CCGUCAUACACCUUUCUUAUUCAUUCAUCGCUGUUCCACCUGCUCACCGCGCUCAACUUUUCUGCUAUCAUGCCCAUGCCGACCUCUCCGCCUCCCACCCCUGCCAACGGACAUCCCUACUCCCCAAGUGCAGGCGACAGCUUGCGACCGAGCGCCCUCAACGGAAUCAGACGUUACCUGUUAUCUCGAGACCUUAAGCUUCUCUCUCCCACCAGGGCUGUCCCCACAAAGCCGUGUGCUAGAUGUCUCUCAGUCAACAUCAGAUGUGAGGACGUCGCGCUAAAGAUUGGCCACAUAGCCAACGGAUUGCCGCAGGCUGAUUCGACAUAUCAUCUUCACAUCAUGGGCUGCGGACCCUGUCGAGCCGCGGGACGCACAUGUUCCUUCGCGGGCACGGCUACACUGGCCACCAAGCCGCGCUCGACGUCGCCACCUCCUUCAACAUCGCUGGAGAAGCGCAAGCGUGACUCUCAAAGCCCCAGCGGCAGUCCCUCCUCCAAAACGUCCCGCUUGCGAAGCCCGUUUAACCCAACCCAGCCCAUCAGUCAUUCAGGCCCCUCGGCUUCAACCUCGAGUGCGCCGAACAACGCGCAAACCCUGCAGGCCAAGGUCACCGGCCUAUUCACACAGCUCGCAGAUGCGAAGAGCAAGCGCCGAGCCACGGCUGCUGUCGUCGAGGAUCGUCGCCAAGCCGUGCAAGUCGCUUUUGCGGAGCUUCGUGACGCUCAGCGUGAGCUUGAGCAGAAGAACUCGACGGUCGCCGAUAUCGAGGCUAGAUUCGCACAGGCACAGGCUGCCCUCGUGGCUUUUGAUCAGCAGGCUGCGGCGAUGGCGCGCCAGCGUGGCGACGGGUAUCGGUCAGCUCUUGCUGCAGCCCUCGAAGAGUCAACAAAUCUGGACAACAGUUUGUGUGACAUCUCAGGCGUCUUCGCGGAGCCAGAUAGCGACUAGGAGCAGGGCUUACACGUGCUGGGACGGCUGGUUGGCCGUGUGCGCGGAAUAGCGGUGAGGCGGCGAGCGAGUUUGGACGAUGGAAUCAGAGACCAUCCAGAUAUCAACGGACUCGAGCAUCAUAUCGAGGUCCCUUAACAUGCAUGUGAAUUACUUUAA